CGACCCGCUUACGCUGUUUUACGACAGUGUCCGGAUCGCUGCUUUCCGGCAGCGUGAUGUGACUGCUUCGCUCAGUUUCCGACCGUAGAUCGCUGGCUGCUUCCAGGUGUGAAAAGGCCUCGGGGCGGUUGGAAGGUUCGCGUCCCAGUAUGGGAAUGAGCCUUUUUGACCUCUUUCGAGGUUUUUUCGGCUUUUCUGGACCUCGGAGCCCCAGACACCGAGAUCCCUUUUUUGGAGAGAUGACUCGAGAUGAAGAGGAGGAGGAGGAGGAAGAAGAAGGAGCCACGUGGGGCCGUGGAAGCUCGAAGUUUGAGGGUCCCCAGCCCCCUGAGGAAUUUGGCUUCAACUUCCGCUCAAGAGGAGGGAUGCUUUUCCAUGAUAAUUUCGGCUUUGAUGAUCUAGUACGAGAUUUCAAUAACAUCUUCAGCGAGAUGGGGGCCUGGACCUUGCCUUCCCACCCUCCUGAACUUCCGGGUCCUGAGUCAGAGACACUUGGUGAGAGAUGGCAGGAGGGACAGACACUUCGAGACUCAAUGCUUAAGUAUCCAGAUAGUCACCAGCCCAGGAUCUCGGGGGGAAUCUUGGAUAGUGAUGCAAGAACUGAAUCCCCAAAACCAGCACCAGACCAAGGCUCCCAGAGACCUUUUCGUAGGUUUGAUGACAUGUGGCCUUUGAUCCCCCGUUCUAGAGCCAGAGAGGACAAUGAUCUUGAUUCCCAGGUUUCCCAGGAGGGCCUCGACCCAGUUCUGGAGCCCCAGCCCAAAUCCUAUUUCAAGAGUGUCUCUGUGACCAAGAUCACUAAACCAGAUGGGACAGUAGAGGAGCGCCGGACUGUGGUGGACAGUGAGGGUCGGACAGAGACCACUGUAACCCAUCAAGAAGCAGAUGGCAAUCCUAGAGACGAUCCAGAAUCACCGACACCUCCAGCCCUGGAUGAUGCCUCUACCAUCCUGGAUUUAUUCCUAGGACGUUGGUUCUGGCCCCGGUAGCCUUGUUAACCCUCACAGGCCUUCGUGUUCUCUCCACCUCCCAGGUUCUUUGCUCACCAUCAGUGGGCUUAGCUUCUCCUGCCAUCUCAGGGGCUCAGGUGUGUUGGAACAGUGUAUUGGGGGUAUGUCAGUACAUCAUUCACCCAAACUGACCAAUAAAAUCUUUAUUUAUGCUAA